UUAAAAAAGGUGUGAAUAACACAAGCUUAAGGAUCGGAACACCAAGUUUCAACGAGUCGCAUACACUCGUGUCAGGCUCGAAACUUUCGAUUUUCACAAUCCCCACUCUCGCACUUUCAUUCAUCAAUUCACCUUUUGCUUUGAACUCCAACACCAACACUUCCAGAUAUUUAUCUAGGGAUUUGAAUCCACCUUCUCCGUCAAAGCCUCGGAAAAAUCAAAGUGGCAAAAAUUGUUUAGCAUUUCAUGGCUGCUAACCCUUCGCUCCAACUUGGAUUUCAAGGCACCACAGAGCCAAUCACUUCCGCGUUGGAGUCACCGGCUACGCUUUUAAUCAAACACCUUCCAGACGCUAUUCCUCAUGACACACUUUCUCGACUCUUGUCCCAUUACGGCGCUUCCUCUGUUCGCCCUUGUUCCGGUGGAAGGUUGAGAAAUUGUGCUUUUGUGGAUUUCAAAAAUGACAUGCUGGCAUCUCAAGCACAGCGCCAACUAAAUGGGUUGAAAUUUCUUGGUAAAGUCUUGUCAGCCGAGAAAGCUAGUAAGCCAAUUGCGAAUGAGGAAAAAAGCAGCGGAGCUCAGCUGGGAAAAGAUUCUAAUUCACCAGUAGUAAAGAAUGAAAAUGUAACUAAAUCUAUUGAUGGAGACACCAAAUCCGGAGGCCUCCCUAUUCCGGAGCCAAUUGCCCAUAGACUUGGUGUUGAUUAUCCAUUUCCUCCUCAUCUUGAGUAUGCUUAUCCUCCACCGGAUGGAAAUAUACUGACCAACAUCGUGAAUGCUCUAAUUGCUGUUCCUCGCUUUUACACUCAGGUUCUGCACUUGAUGAACAAAAUGAACAUUCCUCCCCCCUUUCGUAUGGCACUACCCACCCCACCAUUACCUCCAGAGGUGCCAGCCCCACCUUUGCCUCCUCCUCAUUCUGUAACUGCGAUGCCUCAAUCUGCAGAUAUGUCUAGUGAUGAAUCGGAAAUGGGAUCUUCAGAUGAGGAGGAUGGAGCAAGAGCAGAAAAUUCUGGACGAAAGCGUGCCAGGCGUGGGGCCAUUGUUGGCCCUGCUAUUGAUAAAGAUGUGGCUCAUGAGUCCGUUGGAGUAAAACCCGCCACUUUGAUCCCGAAAGAAAUCCCGAUGAUAAAAAAGAACCCCAUCUUAAAGAUCAAAAUUGCUCCCAAAGCAACCCUGAAUGAACAUAAGGAUAAUGACACAAGUCCAGAGUUACAAGAGCCAGAAAAAGAGACUCUAGACCCCAACAAGUUUUUGACUCCGGAUGAAUUAGAGAGAGGAAAGUUGCCUCCUGAGGAAAUAUUAUCUCUUCCAAUGUUUAAGAACUAUACAGCAGGAAAUCCUGCUUCUGUGUUGUAUAUUAAGAAUUUGGCAAAAGAUGUGAUUGCUGACGAUUUCUAUUUUUUAUUUGGGUCCUUCUUUGGAAGUACCGAGGCUGCUAAGUCUGGUCUUCAAGUCAAACUGAUGCAGGAAGGAAGGAUGAAGGGUCAGGCCUUUUUAACAUUCCCCUCCACGGAACUGGCUCACCAAGCUCUCAAUCUAGUGAACGGACAUGUAUUUAAAGGCAAGCCAAUGAUCAUUCAGUUUGGCCGGAAUCCUGCUGCUGCCAAGGGAACGUAAAUCUAUAUACAUAGAAAGGAUGUUUUCAUAUGGUGUUUUAAGAACCGAGUUAUUCUCCGCUGCUCGCUGUUUGAUUACAUGGUAACUACCUAAUUGCUAAGGAUGCAUUCGUCAUUCAAUGGGAGAGGACUGUAAUAGACCUCGACCAUCAGGGCAUCAUCAUUCGCAAAUAUCCAUGUGCAUUCUCCUUGGGUGUAUAGUGUGGUGCAUUCUCCUCGCAAAUAUCCAUGUUCAUUCUCACAU